ACCAUGCUUCACAUACGUCUCAGAUUUCCCCCUUACUCCUUUGCUCCCUGCCUGUCCACAGUCCUCCUCUUUCUCUUGGGUCUUACAGAGCCAUUGCAGGCCAGCUCUGAUAUGUACCAGAGCACUCCAGGGAAUUGUUCUGGCAAGUCCAGCUGCUCUGAGGGCGUGGUGCUCCCUGUGUGGAAUCCCCAGAAUCCAUCGGUGGGUGACAAGGUGGCCCGUGCCAUCGUCUACUUUGUUGCUCUGAUCUACAUGUUCUUGGGGAUGUCCAUCAUCGCUGACCGCUUCAUGUCUUCCAUCGAGGUCAUCACCUCGCAAGAGAAGGAAAUCACCAUCAAGAAACCCAAUGGCGAAACCACCACGGCCACCGUGCGAAUCUGGAACGAGACGGUUUCCAACCUGACUCUCAUGGCUUUGGGUUCUUCAGCUCCAGAGAUCUUACUGUCAGUGAUUGAGGUCUGUGGGCACAAUUUUGAGGCUGGGGACCUCGGUCCCAGCACCAUUGUGGGCAGUGCUGCUUUCAACAUGUUCAUCAUCAUCGCCAUCUGCGUCUAUGUGGUGCCUGAUGGCGAGGUUCGAAAAAUCAAACACUUGAGAGUCUUUUUUGUGACAGCAGCAUGGAGUAUCUUCGCCUACAUCUGGCUCUACCUGAUCUUGUCCGUUUUUUCUCCUGGUGUGGUGGAGGUUUGGGAGGCUGUGUUGACCUUCCUCUUUUUUCCUAUCUGCGUUGUCCAGGCCUGGGUCGCAGACCGCCGUCUGCUGUUCUACAAGUACGUUCACAAGCGCUACCGGGCCGACAAGAACCGUGGCAUCAUCAUUGAGACUGAGGGUGAUGGAAUGUUUACCAAGAUGGACAUGGAGAUGGAUGGGCAGGGGGCCAAUUCCCACCACAAGGAGGUGCUGGAUGGCAUGCUGGCAGGCGUGGAAGAGGGAGGGGGCGGAGGAGCUGGUGGAGGAGGGGGAGAAGAAGAAGAGGCACGGAGGGAGAUGGCACGUACCCUGAAGGAGUUGAAGCAGAGGCAUCCGGAGAAGGACAUGGAGCAGCUGAUUGAGAUGGCUAACUACCAGGUUUUGGUUCAGCAGCAGAAGAGCAGGGCCUUCUACCGUAUCCAGGCCACGCGUAUGAUGAUCGGGGCAGGAAACAUCCUGAAGAAGCAUGCCGCAGAUCAGGCCAGGAAGGUGGUGAGCUGCCAUGAAGCCAACGCACAAGAAGAAGACCCCCACACCAUCUACCUUGAGUUUGAGCCCUCACACUACCAGUGCUUCGAAAACUGUGGUUCCCUCAAAUUGGCUGUGGCCAGACAUGGCGGAGACAGUGGCUGCACAGUGAAGGUGGACUACCGCACUGAGGACGGCACAGCUAACGCCGGCUCAGAUUACGAGUUUGCUGAGGGCACACUGGUCUUCAAACCAGGUGAGACCAUAAAGGAGCUGACGGUUGGUGUGAUUGAUGACGACAUCUUUGAAGAAGAUGAACACUUCUACGUUCAUCUUAGCAACCCGCGUGUUGUCCACCGGGCCGAGGUCUCCGUCCUGGAUCCCAACGCUGUUGCCCCUGGCAACAGCCUCUUAGGCUCCGUCCCUGUCCAGCCCAAAGCCGCGCUGGGCUCUGCCCACACUGCCACGGUGACCAUCUACGAUGAUGACCAUGCAGGUAUCUUCACGUUCGAGAGCGCAUCCACGCGUGUGAGUGAGAGUGUGGGCGUCAUGCAGGUGAAGGUGCACAGAACGUCUGGAGCGAGGGGCAAGGUGGCAGUGCCUUACCACACCACGGAGGGGACUGCCAAGGCUGGAGAGGACUACGAGGAAGUGGCCGGCAAACUGGAAUUCCUCAACGACGAAACUAUGAAGAUCCUGGAGGUGAAGAUCAUUGAUGAUGAGGAGUAUGAGAAGAACAAGACUUUCACCAUCCAUCUGGGGGAGCCUGUGCUGCUGGAGAUUGGACAGAAGCACGGUGAUUCGAAUGAUAAUAAGCCAGCAGUGGGGGUCGAGGAGGAAGAGGUGGCUAAGAUGGGUUGCCCGAGUCUCGGAGAACACACUAAGCUGGAAGUGGUGAUCGAGGAGUCGUAUGAGUUCAAGAACACGGUGGAUAAGCUGAUAAAGAAGACUAACCUUGCAUUGGUGGUGGGCAGCAGUAGCUGGAGAGAGCAGUUUGUCAGUGCUGUCACCGUCAGCGCAGGUGAUGACGAUGAGGAGGAGAGCGGAGAGGAACGCCUUCCCUCCUGCUUUGAUUACAUCAUGCACUUCCUGACUGUCUUCUGGAAGGUUCUGUUUGCCUUCGUGCCACCUACAGAGUACUGGAAUGGCUGGGCCUGCUUCUUCGUGUCCAUCUCACUCAUCGGAGUGCUGACCGCCGUCACUGGAGACUUGGCCUCCCACUUUGGCUGCACCAUUGGCCUGAAGGACUCAGUGACGGCUGUGGUGUUUGUGGCCCUUGGCACCUCGGUGCCUGACACUUUUGCCAGCAAAGUUGCUGCCAUCCAGGACCAGUAUGCAGAUGCUUCCAUCGGCAAUGUGACGGGCAGCAACGCGGUCAACGUGUUCCUGGGCAUUGGAGUUGCGUGGACCAUCGCUGCUGUCUACUGGCACAGUAAGGGUCAGCACUUUACAGUGCCGCCCGGCUCACUGGCCUUCUCCGUCACUCUGUUCACCAUCCUGGCACUGAUCUGUGUGCUCAUGUUGCUUUACCGCCGUCGGCCCUCUGUCUCCGGAGGAGAGCUCGGGGGGCCGCGGACCGCCAAGCUGCUGACCGCCCUGCUCUUCCUUUCCCUCUGGCUCAUCUACAUCCUGCUGGCCUCGAUGGAGGCCUACUGCCACUUGCCUAGCUUCUGA